UUGACAGGUCAUAGUCCAACAUUUUAGUUUCUACUGUAGGUUUUGAUUACAUAUUUAAUAUUUAUUAAAAUCUAUCAAAGUUUUAUAUAAGUUUUAUUUUACAUUUAAUUGUUAAGCACAACUUUAUUUGUAAAAAUGGCAUCGCAAGUUGCAAAGUCCCUAGUAAAAGCCGCUCGUCCCAAUUCGACGGUGAAAUUUAACACAGCCUGCCGUGCUCUCAGUGUUGGAGCAGCGUUACAGCAGAAAAAGAGUCUCCCUGACCGCACGGGCAAAAAUGUUGUGCUCGUUGAUGGUGUGCGAACACCUUUCCUGGUGUCGUUCACUGAUUACUCCAAGAUGAUGCCUCACGAACUAGCCCGACAUUCACUACUGGGUUUGCUCCAAAAGACUGGCAUCCCCAAGGAGGUAGUGGACUAUAUUGUUUAUGGUACAGUCAUACAAGAGGUGAAGACAUCCAAUAUUGGUCGUGAGGCAGCCCUGGCUGCAGGGUUCAGUGAUCGGACACCGGCCCAUACGGUCACCAUGGCUUGCAUAUCAUCAAACCAAGCCAUCACCACUGGUAUCGGCAUGAUAGCGGCCGGAGCUUAUGACGUAAUAGUAGCUGGCGGAGUAGAGUUCAUGUCUGAUGUACCGAUCAGACACUCCCGCAAGAUGAGGUCGCUCUUACUGAGACUGAACCGCGCCAAGACACCAGCUCAGAGGCUCUCACUGCUGGCGUCAAUAAGACCUGACUUCUUCGCUCCGGAGCUCCCAGCUGUAGCUGAGUUCUCAUCAGGUGAGACGAUGGGUCAUAGUGCAGAUCGUCUUGCAGCAGCCUUUGGAGCAUCUAGAGAGGAACAAGAUCAGUACGCCCUAAGAUCCCAUUCCUUGGCACACCAAGCGCAGCAGAACGGUUACUUCACGGAUCUUAUACCAGUUAAAGUGGAGGGCAAAGAUGGUGUCGUUGAUAAGGACAAUGGUAUCCGAGUAUCCACACCCGAACAACUUGCCAAACUACGUCCAGCAUUCAUCAAGCCACAUGGCAGCGUUACAGCCGCUAAUGCAUCGUUCCUGACUGACGGAGCAUCUGCAUGUCUGGUGAUGUCCGAGGCUAAGGCUAAGGAACUGGGGCUCAAGCCGAAGGCUUAUCUGAGAGACUUCACCUAUGUAGCUCAGGAUCCAGUGGACCAACUACUCCUUGGGCCAGCUUAUGGCAUCCCAAAGAUUCUGGACCAAGCCGGCCUUAAACUGAGUGAUAUCGAUACUUGGGAAAUUCACGAAGCCUUCGCUGGACAAAUUUUGGCCAAUCUAAAGGCUUUGGACUCCGAUUGGUUUGCACAGACAUAUCUCGGCCGUCAGUCUAAGGUCGGUUCUCCUGAUUUGGAUAAAUGGAACAAGUGGGGCGGUUCUCUCUCCAUUGGACAUCCAUUUGCUGCUACUGGGGUUCGUCUCGCGAUGCACACCGCUCACCGUCUCGUUCGCGAGGACGGUCAGUUCGGUAUGAUCAGCGCCUGUGCCGCUGGGGGGCAGGGGGUCGCCAUGCUGCUCGAGAGACACCCUGACGCCAAACACGACUAGACAAACACACACCACUUGAUACAUGUACAGCUAUAUAACGGCUCAUCACUUUUCAUAUAUUAAUUAUGCUACAAUGCAUAUAUUUUUAAACUAUAAUUUUCAUUAAUAUGAUUCAGUUAGCGAGCUUUAUUAUAUCUUAUAAUCAUUAGUCGGUUUUCUUUGUAAAAUGUAUGAGAAUAAUUUACAUUCAGACGUAAUUAUAAUUAAAUGAGAUGUGCGUGCACACUUGAAUAGAUGCCAACUGAACAUAUAGGCUUUUUUGUUUCGUUUAAAAUAUUUUUUAAUAUAAGAGCUUCAGUUUUAGUCCACUCCUCUGUGUUUUAGACUAAUGUGUGUUAGGUUACAAAUAUAAAAAAGUGCCUUUCAAACUAGAAUUUAAGAUCAACAUGUCAUUCAAUGGAAAUUUUUAAUCACUUCCCUUAGUUAAGGUUGUACACAUCUGUUAUUUAUAGAAGUCUAGAUAAUAAACAUGAUGUUUAAA